CCCUCGAUAAGCCGGGGCAAUGCGGCGCAUAGGCUAACCUUCCAAACAUGAUCCUCAACGUACGACCACAAGGUUUGCCAGUCUUAAAGACCGGCAGCAGUCUUUCCGCUCCAGUCCACUUCUCUACUCCUCUUCCAAUCACCACCGAGCCCUCGUCAAUCGUUACAAUACUGACCAAAUGGCUCCGCCUACCUCCAAAACCCGGCCCAUCGCCAUUGUCGGCGCAGGUGUUUUUGGUCUUUCCUCGGCUCUGCAUCUGGCAGACGCUGGAUACACCGACAUCACCGUCUUCGAAAAAGACAGCCGCAUCCCGUCUCGCUUCUCGGCCGCCUACGACGUGAACAAGAUCAUCAGAGCCGAGUACGAUGAUCCGUUCUACGUCGACUUGGCACUCGAAGCGAUAGAAGGCUGGAGGAAACCGCUCUUCGCCCCGCACUACCACCAGACGGGCUACCUGAACUGCAUCACCUCGGCAGCACCCGAAAAGGCCAGGGCGACGCUCCAGAAAUCCGUCAAGUCGCUGGCCGGAAAGAGCAUCUUCAAAGACGCCGUGAUGCCGAUCCGCAGCUCCAAAGACGUCAGCUCGCUGGUAUGGCAGUACCAGCACGGCGCGCUUUCGGGGUGGACGGGCUACUUCAACCGGGUAGCCGGGUACGCGCAUUCCAGCAACGCGCUGAAAGCCGCGCACGAAGCGUGCGUCGCGCGGGGAGUCAAGUUCUUCCUCGGCGAGCGAGACGGCGCGGUGAAAGAGCUCGUGCACGACUCCUCGGGCAGAUGCACAGGCGUGCGGACCGCCAGCCGCGUCCACGAAGCCGCGACCGUCAUUGUCGCUCUCGGCGCCAACGUCUCCACCAUCCUUCCCUCGGCGGGCAAGCAAGUCGAGGCUCGGAGUUGGUCGGUCGCGCAUGUCCAGCUGACUGAAGACGAGGCGUCCGCUCUCCGCGGCAUCCCCGUAACGUAUGCUAGAGACCUUGGGUUCUUCUUCGAGCCAGACCCGGCUACCAGGCUGCUGAAGCUUUGUCCGAUGGGCGCUGGCUUCACAAACACUUCGAGUUCUGGUGUUUCAAUCCCACCGCAACAGAUCGCUGACAGCGCUUUCAUCCCACCAGAGGACGAGCGUCAGCUGCGCAGGCUCCUGGCCGAGACAUUGCCGGAGCUGGCUGAUCGCCCCUUCGUGGAUACGAAGCUUUGUUGGUACGCCGACACCAAGAACACUGAUUUCAUUGUCGACUACGUCCCAAAAACAUCGGAAUCUCUCAUUGUCCUGUCCGGAGACUCUGGGCACGGCCUGAAAUUCCUGCCUGUAUUCGGCAAAUGGGUCAAAGAGUUACUGGAGGGAAAGAGAGUAGAGCGGUGGCAGUGGAAGGAUCAGACGCAGCAGGGCGCCGAAGUUGCAAGCUGGCGUGUGGGUACGACAAGAGACCUCAAAGAUCUUGUGCGCGCGAAGUUGUAGAUCGUUAUUUGUGGUCUUCGUCUUAGAAAGAAUCAACGAGUGGUAUAUGUAACAGCGCCGGGUAAUGCGAGAACAUGAUGAAACAAACCAACUGACUUGGAAACAUCCUGCGACCCAAACUCCAUCACGAAAGUGCCAACUUCCAUCCCAAUCUGUCGAUGGCUUUUUGCCAGUCGAGGGAAUCUCUAGUGCCAGAGCCGAGGUCUCUGGCUUUCCAGACUGCU